AUGAAUAGAAAUUUGGAUAUCUUUGAAAUAGUGACCGCAAAAGCUGCAGAUGAGGGCGCUAAAAUAUUGGUAUUUCCUGAAGAUGCCAUUAUUAACACACGAUACCCGCGCUCUAAAAUUGCAGAAAUAUCUGAACAGAUUCCUGACCCGAAAAAGACUACUGUUGUCCCGUGCGAUAACCCGAUAGAGUUUAAGGACAGAGUUAAGACAUACCGAUUGAGUUGUUUCGCUAAAACAAAUCAAUUGUAUAUUGUGGCCGAUUAUGGUGAUCGCGUUAACUGUGAUAAAAGUAAAGAUAUUCAGUGUCCAAGUGAUGGCCAUUAUUUGUUUAAUACAGCGGUUGCAUUCGGACCGGACGGUGCAAUUGUAGCCAAGUAUCACAAAAUGCAAUUAUUUCAUGAACUAUAUUAUAACGUUCCGCCAAAAUCAGAGUUUUCCUAUUUCGACACUCCUUUCGGAAGAAUAGGACUUUUCAUUUGUUUUGAUAUAAUGUUUGAAAAUCCUGGCUCUCGUCUUAUUAAUGGAUAUGGUGUACAAACAAUGGCGUUUCCUCUUUGGUGGUUCGAUGAGUUACCAUUUAAGACAGCAAAUCAGUUACAACACGGCUGGGCCUUCACUAAUAAAGUCAAUUUAUUGGCCGCUGAUAUGCAAAAUCCUCUUUCUGGCUCAAUCGGUAGUGGUAUAUAUUCGGGACAAAACGGACCUCUAAUAGAGUCGGAUAUGUUUGGCCAAAGGGCCCAACUCUUGAUUGCAGACAUUCCUGUCGAUAGCAGAAACACUGAAGCAAAAUGUCUUAAUAAUAGAUAUAACAAAACCAUUGAAAUGAAGGAUUUGAUCGAUACAUCGCAAUACAAACCAUUCGUUACUUUAAAUUUGAAGAAUUCAGCACUUCUUAGACUAAAAGAUGAACACAAUUCAGUAGAAGUUUGUAAUAAUGGCUUUUGUUGUCAAUUAGAUUAUGAAGUGAUAAAUAGGAAAUCAUUGGAAACUGAAUAUUAUUGGCUUUUAGUGGCCAAUAGAAGUGGACACGGAUUACAACAAAUUCAAUAUCCUUUAAGUGAAGAGUUUUGUGGUGUCUUUAGAUGUAACGAUCAGAAUUGCAAUACAUAUUCAAUUAAAUCCGGACAAACAGUAUUUAAGAGUUUGAAAAUCAGUGCAAAAUUCACCACAAACUACACAUAUCCGAGUGUUACUACUGAAGGCUACAAACCAGUUGCCAUUGAUAAAUGGAUAUAUAAUAAUAAUGGUCACAUUGGAUCAGAUGUGACAUUAAGUCUCAAUAAUUUUGAUAACUCAAUAUUAUCACUGGGAUUAUAUGGUCGAUGCUAUGAUCGCGAUCCACCCUAUAAACAAUAA